UGUACACGGUAGGAUCAGGAAUGUUCUACACUACCACUUUUCACAGUACACACACACAUGCACCGAGGACAUUGCGGUUGGUUGCUAAUUCUAAAUCUUGUACUCCAUUUUCUGAGUGGAAUUUGUUCUUGAUGUUGUCGUGUGAAUAUCCUACUGUCAUACAUUGAGUGGACACGAUUCCGAUUCCGAUUUGCCCCGCCAGCGACGCUGUAAAUACAUCGCGCUUUGCUGGGGGACGUCGCUGGAGCAACAACAACCACCAACGCGGUCAUGAAUCAUUUCAAGAAGAACAAAGGGCCAAAUACGGUCGGCCAGAGACCAAACGAGGAACUGUGGACGAGAACGGGAACAUUUGUCAAUAAACCCAACAAGGGGUGGCUCCACUCAGAGGAGAUGGUGAAGAAAGGAGGAGUGUGCUACGGAGUCAAGUAUGUAGGUUGCAUAGAGGUCAAGCAGUCCAUGCGGACACUUCCAUUUGAAAUGAGGGGUCAAGUCACAAAAGAGGCGAUAUUUCGAGUCUGCGAUGCAGCGGGCUUCAGGUACAACAGGAAGAAGAAGGGAAGUAAGAGCAUCAAUAAGAUCCUUGGGGAGACGCCAAACAUCCAGUUUGGAGGAGCUAACGUCAACUUGACCAUCUCAACAUCAAGUAUCACCCUCACAAUCAUGGAGACUGGGCAGAUUAUUGCCGGCCAUCAGAUGCAAGGCAUAUCGUUCGCUUCAGGAGGCGAUGCAGAAACGACGGACUAUGUUGCUUACGUUGGGAAGGAUCCCGUAAAUGGCAGAGCCUGCCACAUUCUGGAGUGCAUAGGGGGUCUAGCUCAGGACACCAUUACCACCAUCGGUCAGGCAUUUGAGAUACGCUUCAAGGACUACCUGAAGAACCCCCCACAAGCCGUCAGCGCACCUGAUAGGUUAGCAGAACCCAUUUUUGGUGAGGAGGAAUCCGCAUGGGGCGAUGACCCCGAGUAUUACAACGACAUCCACAAAUUCACUAACAUACCCCAAGAGUCGUACCCUCCACCGCCGCCUCCUGGACAAUACAUGGGCUGUCAAAACAUACCGGAUGACCAUGCGUACCAGCCGCUGGCGAUUAAACCCACCGCACCACCAGUCUACGACAACAGAGAGGGCGCCCUCUUCGAGAGCAGAGACCAACAUCUUGUGAAUAACAAUCAGCGACAGCCAGCUGUUGGUAAACUCCUCGAUAUAGACGAUACACCGCACGCACCAGCGUUGGACAACCCCCUCAGUAACCAACCUGACACCUCAAUUUACGACGAGCCAAAGUUCGAUGGGGCCAACUACGACAAUCCCAAGAUGCCUUUGGUUUCACCGGAUAAGGACUUCCAAGAAGGAAUAUACAACAUCCCUGCGCACAGUCAGCCUCUCAACAUGGGCAUGUCUCAAAACGGUCAGCCACACCCUUCUCCCACGGUGGAUGCCUUCGAUAUGGAACCCUUCAAUCCAGUAGCCCCAUCACAGAAAGACCAAGGAGCCAUUUCUCCGCCUUCUCAAUUUGUAAACAGCUCCGCUCCUCCAGUCAACGCCAGGGUGUCCCCGCCCGUCCAACAAGCCACGCCCCCUCCCCCACCCCAAUUCCAGUCCAAGACAGUCGUACCCCCGCCCCCGACUCACAAACCACCUCCUCCUCCCGGAGCGAAUCCCACAACCAGCCCCAGAGACCCGCCUCCGCGUAACGGCCAACCCUCAAAGGUCCCGCCGCCCUCGUCAGCAGCCCAGCCUCCGGUGAAGAAGACGAUCCGAGAUGAGGAGUGGUUUCAUGGACCGAUGACGAGGAAGAUCGGGGAGGCACUGUUGGAGGAGGAUGGGGAGUUCUUAGUGAGGGAGAGCACGACGACGCCCGGCCAGUACGUACUCAGCGGGAUGUUGAACGGACAGCCGAAGCAUCUUCUCUUGGUUGAUCCUCAGGGGAGGGUGCGAACGAAAGAUAAGGAGUUUGAGAGUGUAAGUCACCUUAUCGACUACCAUCGUAAUAACAACCUUCCCAUCAUAUCAGGAGGGAGUGCCGUGUAUCUACAACACCCCGUCUUGAAUGCCCAGGCUGCCGGUCAGCAUUACAACUAGAAAAACAUUUCGCAAAAAAAAAAAAAAAAAAAAAAAAAAAAAAAACUUUUAAAAAAUGAGGUAUUUUUUAUUUAUGCUGCUGCUCCAAAAUUUGAACGCAAACUGCAGAAUGGAUCAAUAUAUUUAAUCAGCUUACAGUUUGUAAACAAAGAAACCAAUUUUUUUUUCCUGGAAUCUUUUGAACUGAGUAAACAAGAAAGGCAUAACCAAACACAUCAUAUUGGCGUACUACGGCAAGGUACACCACUGAUCGACUUCAAGGGUUUGGAGUGCUAUAGGACGUGCAUGUCUCACCUGCAUUGGAAAAUUUUUGGGACCAAUUCGUGCACUUUAAAAAGGUCCCAAUGUUUUGGAAUACGUGCAACAAUUGCACGGUCUGUCCUGAUCACCACUUUGAAGUGCAUCUCCACUUGGUCUUUUCAGAGUAAACUCAAAAUAGGACCACCAGACAUCUCUUAAGAUUAACUUCUUUUCUUGGUGGAUCACUGGGAGAAAUAGUCAGAUGGAUUAAGUUUUAGGAGGAAAUUUGUUUUUGUGAUGAAAUGAACCCUUGCCACUGGGUCACUUUAAAAGUCAGGCAGGACCUUAUAUUAUUUUUGUUGUUAUUAUAUUUGAAAGUUAUAUUUUCCAAAUAAGAAGACCAAAAGGUUUACAACAUUCAUGUACUUUCACACACAAAAAAGACUUUGUACUAGUUUUCUUUUCAUGAAUUUACAACUUCUUGCAAGGAUUUUAGCCUUUUUUGAGCUCAGUCUCCUCCUACAAACAAGAUUCACAAGUUAUGUACAUGUAUUUCAUUGAUUUUCCCAAUUAAAACGCCCUUUGCAAAUUGAUUGUCCUUGAUAUCCUAGAAUGGGUGAUUCCACAUAUCUAAGGGGGGAGUCAGUUCCCAGGGAUGAGUUUUUUUUGUACAUCUUCUUUUAUGGGCUGGGGGAAAAACAGACAAUACCCAGUGUACAAAAUCUGCUACAUGUCUUAGCAUCAAGGUCAACACAGCCAACACAAAUCCAACCUUCUGAUAAAGUAAAGCCAUACAUCCAUCUGUUUAUUGCAUAAGGCUGUGUCGUUGAUUUCUGACAGGCACUCUGGUCUAUGUAACUUUUGUAGGACAAAAAACAAAAUGUCCACAGAUUUACACUAAACUUACACAGUUUGAAGA